AAUCGUCAGAUUUUAAUUGCAACCUUGAGAGUGUGCUGCGUUUGGUGUCCAAAUAUUUUUGUUUUUAUUUAUUAAAUUUUCUUUAAAAACAUGCAUAACAUAUAAAAAUUAUAACACAAAGAAUUUAUUAUACAACAAUAUAAAAUGACACAGUAAGUGACAUCGGAAAUUGUCAUGUUUUCGGAGAACUACUUCCCAUAGUCCGUGGUAUUAGUCAUGUCAGAUUGCGCGCUGGUGACCAGUGUAAACGAGCACGAUGCCAGUAUGGAUGUGGGGAACGAUAAAUCUCUCUUUGAGCCUACUGUUGAGAUGAUGGUAAAUGAUUUUGAUGACGAAAGGACCUUAGACGAAGAAGAGGCCUUGGCUGCUGGUGAGCACCAGGACCCUAAAGCGGAACUUAACAAUUUGCAAAAAGAAGGGGAUAUGCCCCUUGAAGAAUUACUAGCACUGUACGGAUACAAUAGAAACAUGGACAAACCUGUUCCAGAACAACCACCAGAAGCAGUUCCAGAAGAGACUGAAAAAUCGGAGUCUGCUUUACAGCAGCUUUAUACUGAAACAAAUAAUCCAGAAGCAACUCGUUGUUUGCGAUCUGGUUCUAGGCCCCCAUCUGAAGAGGAAGAUGAUUAUGAUUACAGUCCAGAUGAAGAUGAUUGGAAAAAAACUAUAAUGGUUGGUAGUGACUACCAAGCUGGUAUACCAGAAGGAUUAUGUAGCUAUGAUGAUGCUUUACCAUAUGAAAAUGAGGAUAAAUUAUUAUGGAACCCUAAUAUAUUAGAUGAAAAAGUUAUUGAGGACUACAUGAAAAAAAUAUGUUCGUUGAAUUCAACUACUGGUAUUGAUGCUGUACCUCGUGGUAAGCAGUUACGUGAUGAUGAAGAAGCUUUAUUUCUUCUCCAACAGUGUGGGCACAAUGUAGAUGAAGCUUUAAGGAGGCGACGCAUAUCCUCUCAGACCCCAGCUCAUGCAAAUGUUUGGUCAGAAGAAGAAUGUCGAAACUUUGAAAGUGGUAUUAAAAUACAUGGUAAGGAUUUUCAUUCAAUAAGACAGCAAAAGGUAAAGACAAGAUCCGUGGGAGAACUAGUACAAUUUUAUUAUAUCUGGAAGAAGACAGAAAGACAUGACAUCUUUGCAAAUAAAACUAGGUUGGAAAAGAAAAAAUACAAUUUGCAUCCAGGUCACACAGAUUAUAUGGAUAGGUUUUUGGAAGAACAAGAAGCAACAGGAAGUGUGGUUCGUCCCGUGUCACCCUCUAUGAUGGUAUAUGUGCCUUCUCCUGCUACACAACCGGAUCCGUUAGCACUGGGAGAAAAAGAAGUGUUCUCUCAAUUAGCGCAUACAUCACCUCCCCGAACCUUAUCAACAGAGGAACCAGAAAUGGAAAAUGUUUCCUAAUACACAAUUGGUUGUCAUUUUUUUGUAAAAUGCUGAUGCCUUCUACAAAAGAAUGUACAUACAUUUAGGUAUUUAAUGUAUAAGUUAAAUAAAAUGUUCUAGGGUUAAAUUAAUCUUGAAUUAAGGUAAAGUUUUUUUUUAAAUUAUUUUAUUGAUAUUGCUUUUAGGUCUAUACUAUUUGUUGAUUAUUAAAGCAUAUAAGAUUUUGGUACCCUGGAAAAUGCAAUAUCAGUAAAAUAAUCCUUUGAUGUAUUCUAAAUAUAGAUAAGAUGGUUGAAGAGUGAACAAAGUUCAAUAAGCAAUUUAUACAUUUUGGAUUUACAGAAUCUUUGUUUAACCGUAGCAGUUAUUUUACCUCAAUGUUUGUUUACAUAAACAUGUCAAUUUUUAUAAUGUGCUUUACAACUACUGGUACUUAAUGAACAUUAUUUUUUUUUAAUAAAUAAUCAUUAUUCUGUUCCAUUGUACUUUACCUCCACUGUAUAGUUAGCUAAAACAGAUGGGUUCAAUUAUGAUGCUUCCAAGCCCAUACCACUAAAUCAACUUCAUUACAUUUCAAUAAAUAUAUACACUAGAAUUGGUUACUUUUAUCCUUAUUUUUUACAGGAGAUGUAAAAGUAUUGACUGGCUUAAGAUUAAUAUGUCAGAAAGCACUAAUUGUACAUUUCGCUAAUUAGUAAUAUUUCCUCACCUACUAUCAAACAUUUAUUGUUAACUAGAAAUAUGUAUGAUGAAAAUAUAGAUAUAACCUGCCUUAAAUUUGUAACAAUUUGUACAUAGAAAUACAUUUUAAAACCAAUCUAGGUAAGGAAAAUCUUAAUUAAAAUAUUAGGUCUACUAAUAAUAACGUGGUUAAAUUACAUAGUAAACUGUUAAUUAAAUUUUCUAAAAUAAACUGCAAUUGACUGCCACAUUUGUUACAAGAAAUGUCAAAACACUUCUUUAGUAUUUACAUUUAUAUUCUUAAUAUUAUAUUCUUCUAUAUUAUUAAUUCUAUACUAAAAACAUAAAAUACAAUAAGCUCCAUCAAGUCAGGAUAGGCUUAUGAAGCAAAAAUCAUUAUGUAUCUGCUAAGGCAAUCAAUUGCAACAGUGCUAAUAUUAUAUAUGUUAUUGGUAAGGCUUUUUUUAAUUUUUUUUAAUUACAAAAAAAAAUGAACACAUACUUGCAAAAGGCAUAAUAUUCAUAAACAAGAGUCAUAUUGUGUCCCUACUCCCCAGACUAACCAAGGGUUUAUUCAUAUAAGAUUCAUAAUUAAAUUGUUACAUAAUACACUUUAUUUUAUAUGAGCUGCAUAGUUUAUAUAAUAAAAUAAGCCUAAUGGCUGUUAAAUUUGUACAUAUUAUACUGUCCCAUGCUAAAUAUUUAUACAAAUUCCCAUAUUAUUUAAAAAAUGUAUAGAUUUAUAAAACUAAAGCACUAGUCUUUAGUUUCCUAGUUCCAUUUAGUUCUUAUUUGUAAGGCCAAAUUGUGAAAAUUUUUAUUCAGUAGAUUUAUAGCAUGCCUUGACAGCAUUAAGCUACGUAAGAAGCUAUAAACAUUAUACAGUAUACUAUAUACAGGGAUUUCUUGUAAAACAUUAAUUUUAAACCCCAUUAUAUUUAAUAAAAUUUACUGCUUUAUUGUUGCAUUAGAAUCCUUUAAAGUAAAUUUUAUUUGGAUUGUCAUUUAUUGAGACUAAUUCUGGCGUUAUUUAAUUUUAUAUCAUUUAUCAUCCAAUCUAGAGAUUCUCGUACACGAUACAUUAAAUGAAUUGAAAAAUCGUA